AUGGCCGCCGCGGCCGCCCUCUCCUCCGCCGCCUGCUUACCCCGUCGGAGGAAUCUCAAGUCAACGGUGGUGCCCAGAUCGCCAAGCAACUCACAUCUUUCUCUCUCCGUCGCCGCCGACGCCCCGUCGUCGCUAAGACUGCGGCGCUCCAUCUCUCUCCGGAAGAGGAACGCCACCAGAGAGCUUUCCGAGCUCCUGACUGAGGGGGAAGGGGAGGGGGAGAAGGAGGAGGAUGCUCCGCUUUGUUUCAGGUGGCACGGCCAUCUUCGCCUCGCCGUCCGGCACGGCGACCUGGAGCUCGCGCGGGCCGUGCACGCCGCCGUGGCGAAGAAGAACCCCCACAAACCCCAACGAGGAGGAGGAGGAGGAGGAGAAGAAGAAGAAAAAGAAGAAGAAGAAGAAGAUGGCGAGAGCCUGCUACUGAUGAAUUCUCUCAUGUCCGCUUAUGUGAAGCUGGGAGAGACAGGGGAUGCCCGGCAGCUGUUCGGGGAAAUGCGUCACAGGGACGUCGUCUCCUACACCUGCCUGAUAUCCGCCUACGCCAAGUCCGGGCAAGCAGGUGAAGCGCUGGAGCUCUUCCUGCAGAUGCAGCUCGUCGGAAUCCGCCCGAACGCCUACAGCCUGGUCGCCAUCUUGACCUCCUGCAUCCGCCGGCCCGAUCCCCUGCUGGGCUCUCAGCUGCACGCCGCCGCCGUCAAGCUGCACUGCUCCGGCGAGGGCUCCGACCUUCACGUCGGGAACGCUCUCAUGGCGGCCUACGUCGCGGUCGGGCGCGUGGAGGAGGCGGUGGGCGUGUUCACAGGGAUGGCGGAGAGGGACGCGGUGUCAUGGAGCACCGUCAUCUCCGGCAUGGUGAAGCAGGGGAGGCACCGCAAGGCGCUGCAGCUGUUCCGGGAGAUGAGGAGGGGAGGGCUCCGGGGGGACUCCUUCACCGUCUCAGGGGUCCUCACCGCCGCAGCCGCCGCCGCCGCCGUGGAAGGCUUCGCCGUCGCCCGCGCCGGCGAGGGGGUCCACGCCCACGCGGUGAAGAUGGGGCUGGAGCUGGAGCUGAGCGUGGGGAACUCCCUCAUGGCCUUCUACACCAGAUUCGGCUCCGAGGAGGACGUCGCCGGCGUGUUCCGGAGGAUGCCGGAGAGGGACGUGAUCUCCUGGAACGGGCUCGUGAGGGGAUUCAUGGCUUUCGACUCGGUGGAGAGGGCGGCGGAGGCGUUCCGCCGGAGCCCGGAGAGGAACGGCGUCUCCUUCAACACCCUCCUCGCCGGGUUCCGCCAGAACGGCCAUGGCCGCCGGGCCUUGAACCUGUUCAGGGAGAUGGUGGAGGGAGGGCUCGAGGUCUCCGCCUUCACCCUCAGCGGCGCCGUCGCCGCCUGCGCCAUGCUCCGGGAACCCGCCGCCGGCGAGCAGAUCCACGGCUUCUCCACCAAGGCCGGCUGCACCAGCUCCGACGAUCACAACUGGAUCGGGGCCGCCCUGCUGGACAUGUACGCCAAGUGCGGCCGGUUGGAGGCAGCGGAGAAGAUCUUCCGACGGUGGGAGGAGGACGACGAUGAGGAGCAGGAGAGCAGGGACAUCGCCUGGACGGCGAUCAUCUGCGGGUACGCCGGGGAGGGGCGGCUCGACGAAGCUCUGGGUCUCUUCAACCUCAUGCAGAGGGAGAGGGGCCUCCCGGCGAUGGACAGGGUCACGCUGACCGCCGCCCUGAGGUUGUGCGGGCAGCUGGGCGCCGCCGCCAUGGGGCGGCAGCUCCAUGGGUUCCUCUGCAAGUCCGCCGGCUUCACUGACCGGCAGCUCUGCAACGCCGUGCUCUCCAUGUACGCCAAGUGUGGCGACCUGGAAGCCGCCGUGGAGUUCUUCCGCCGCCUGCCGGAGAAGGACGUCGCCUCUUGGAACGCGCUGAUCAAGGCCCACCUGCUGCGCCGCCGCGGGGACGAAGCCAUCGCCGUGUGGAGGUCGAUGGAGGCGGCGGGGGUGGCUCCUGAUGCCGCCACCUUCAGCUCGGUCCUCUCCGCCUGCAAAUUCACCGGAGCGGACUCCGCCGACGAGUGCCGGCGCCUGCUGUGUUCCAUCGAGGCGACCCCCUCGCCUGAGCACUACGCGGCGGCGGUGGACGCCAUGAGCUUCUGGGGCCACCUCGAGGAGGCGGAGGAGGUGAUCAGAAGCAUGCCCAUGCCGCCGGACAGCCGCGUAUGGCGGGCCCUGCUCCGCCACUGCGACCACCGUCCACGGCGGGAGGCAGCGCUGGAGAUGCUCCGGUCAGGGCGGGAAGACCCGGCGGCGUACAUCCUCGUUUCCAACCUCUACGCCGCCUCGGGGCGAUGGCGCUGCGCAGAGGAGGUAAGGAAGGAGAUGAGGGAGAAGGGUCUGCGCAAGCGGCCCGCGAGGAGCUGGCUCGUCGACGACGGCGGCGGCGAGGGCAGCGGCGCCGCCGUCCACUGGUUCUACGCCCGCGACAGGUCCCAUCCGAGGACGAAGGACAUCUACGCAGGGCUGGAGCUGCUGAUCGCGGAGUGCAUGAAGGAAGGGUACGAGCCGGACACGAGCUUCGUGUUGCAGGAGGCGGAGGAGUUCCAGAAGAGGGACUUCCUGUUCUACCACAGCGCGAAGCUAGCGGCGGCGUUCGGGCACCUGGCGGCGCCGCCGGGGAGGGCGCUGCGGGUGGUGAAGAACGUGCGCCUCUGCGGCGACUGCCACUCCUUUCUGAAGACCUUCUCGGCGGCGACCGGCCGGGAGGUCCUCCUCAGGGAUCCCACCGGCUUCCACCAUUUCCGUGGCGGGAGCUGCUCCUGCGGCGAUCGCUGGUAG